CCAGUCCCCCCUCCCUGCCGGGAGGAGCCGCCGGCCCCGCACUCCGCAAAUUCUGAGCUCUCAUCAUGGCGGCGGCGGCCGCGGCGGCCGUCGGGGGGACGCAGCCGCCCGAGCCCGAGCUGGCCGCGUCGGGGCUGGCCCUGGACAAGGCGGCCACCGCGGCGCACCUGAAGGCGGCCCUCAGCCGGCCGGACAACCGGGCGGGUGCGGAGGAGCUGCAGGCGCUGCUGGAGCGGGUGCUGAGCGCCGAGCGGCCGCUGGCCGCGGCUGCGGGCGGCGAGGAGGCUGCGGGCGGCGGCGCGGGGGCGGCGGAGGAGGAGGCCCUGGAGUGGUGUAAGUGCCUUCUGGCGGGCGGCGGCGGCUACGACGAGUUCUGCGCGGCGGUGCGGGCCUACGACCCCGCGGCGCUCUGCGGCCUGGUCUGGACAGCCAACUUCGUGGCCUACCGCUGCCGGACGUGCGGCAUCUCCCCCUGCAUGUCGCUGUGCGCCGAGUGCUUCCACCAGGGCGACCACACCGGACACGACUUCAACAUGUUCCGCAGCCAGGCCGGGGGCGCCUGUGACUGCGGGGACAGCAACGUGAUGCGGGAGAGUGGGUUUUGCAAAAGGCAUCAAAUUAAAUCAAGUUCAAAUGUUCCCUGUGUCCCCAAAGACUUACUGAUGAUGUCUGAAUUUGUACUCCCAAGAUUUAUUUUUUGUCUUAUUCAGUACUUACGGGAAGGCUAUAAUGAACCAGCUGCUGAUGUACCAUCAGAAAAAGACCUUAGCAAAGUCCUUCAGCUUUUGGAACCUCAGAUUUCUUUUUUAGAAGACCUAACUAAAAUGGGUGGAGCAAUGCGGUCUGUUCUUACUCAGGUUUUGACAAACCAGCAGAACUACAAAGAACUGACUUCUGGUUUUGGAGAAAAUGCUUGUGCAAAGAAAAGUCAUGAAAAGUAUCUGAUAGCUUUGAAGAGCUCUGGACUCACAUACCCGGAGGAUAAGCUCGUGUAUGGCAUGCAGGAGCCAUCUGCUGGUACUAGCACUCUGGCAGCUCAAGGUUUUGCAGGUGCAACAGGACCGUUGGGACAAGUAGAUUCUUCAGAUGAGGAGGAUCAGGAUGGAAAUCAAGAUUUGGGCAAGAGAAAGAGGGUAAAAUUGAGCAGUGGCACCAAAGAUCAAUCCAUCAUGGAUGUUUUGAAACAUAAAAGCUUCUUAGAAGAACUAUUGUUUUGGACAAUAAAGUAUGAAUUUCCCCAGAAGAUGGUAACCUUCUUACUUAACAUGCUUCCUGAUCAAGACUAUAAGGUUGCUUUUACAAAAACUUUUGUUCAGCAUUAUGCUUUCAUUAUGAAAACACUGAAGAAAAGUCAUGAAUCAGAUACAAUGUCUAACAGAAUUGUGCAUAUUAGCGUUCAGUUGUUCAGCAAUGAGGAGCUAGCCAGACAGGUAACAGAAGAAUGUCAGCUGCUGGAUAUUAUGGUCACUGUGCUAUUGUACAUGAUGGAAAGUUGCCUUAUUAAAAGUGAGCUACAAGAUGAAGAAAAUAGUUUACAUGUGGUAGUGAACUGUGGAGAAGCUUUACUGAAGAAUAAUACUUACUGGCCUCUUGUUAGUGAUUUUAUUAAUAUUCUUUCUCAUCAAAGUGUGGCUAAGCGAUUUUUGGAGGACCAUGGCUUAUUAGUUACAUGGAUGAAUUUUGUAUCUUUCUUUCAAGGUAUGAACUUAAAUAAGCGAGAACUAAAUGAGCAUGUGGAGUUUGAGUCUCAGACGUACUAUGCUGCCUUUGCUGCUGAACUUGAGGCCUGUGCACAGCCAAUGUGGGGGCUGUUAUCCCAUUGUAAAGUUAGGGAAACUCAAGAAUACACUCGGAAUGUUGUUAGAUAUUGCCUCGAAGCUCUUCAAGACUGGUUUGAUGCUAUUAACUUUGUAGAUGAGCCAGCACCUAACCAAGUUACUUUUCAUCUGCCACUACAUCGUUACUAUGCUAUGUUUUUGAGUAAGGCUGUGAAAUGUCAAGAGCUAGAUCUGGAUUCUGUUUUACCGGAUCAGGAGAUGUUGAUGAAACUAAUGAUUCACCCACUCCAAAUUCAAGCAAGUCUAGCUGAAAUCCACAGCAAUAUGUGGGUUAGAAAUGGUCUGCAAAUCAAAGGACAAGCCAUGACUUAUGUCCAGUCUCAUUUUUGUAAUUCCAUGAUUGAUCCUGACAUUUACCUACUACAGGUUUGUGCCUCCAGACUUGACCCAGAUUAUUUUAUUUCAUCUGUCUUUGAAAGAUUUAAGGUAGUGGAUUUGUUGACAAUGGCGUCACAACAUCAGAAUACAGUACUUGAUGCAGAGCAUGAGAGAUCGAUGUUAGAAGGCGCUCUUACGUUUCUUGUGAUCCUUCUGAGUCUUCGUUUACAUUUAGGAAUGUCUGAUGAUGAGAUUCUCAGGGCGGAGAUGGUGGCCCAGCUGUGCAUGAAUGACAGGACGCACAGCUCCCUAUUUAAUCAUAUUCCAGAAAAUCCCAACCCCAAAAGUGGGAUUAUUCCAGGCAGUUAUAGCUUUGAAUCCGUUUUGUCAGCUGUAGCUGAUUUUAAGGCUCCUGUUUUUGAACCUGGAGGUUCUAUGCAGCAAGGCAUGUACACUCCCAAAGCUGAAGUCUGGGAUCAGGAGUUUGACCCUGUCAUGGUCAUCCUUCGAACUGUAUACCGCAGAGAUGUGCAGUCUGCCAUGGACAGAUACACAGCUUUUUUGAAACAGAGUGGAAAAUUCCCUGGAAAUCCUUGGCCUCCGUAUAAGAAAAGAACAUCACUCCAUCCUAGCUAUAAAGGUCUCAUGAGACUUUUGCACUGUAAAACUUUGCACAUUGUGCUAUUCACUCUGCUUUACAAGAUUUUGAUGGACCAUCAGAAUCUAUCAGAACAUGUACUCUGCAUGGUUUUAUAUCUGAUUGAAUUGGGACUUGAAAAUUCUUCUGAAGAGGAAUCAGAUGAAGAGGUGUCCGUGGGUGGACCGGAACGUUGUCAUGACAGUUGGUUUCCUGGCAGUAACUUGGUUUCAAACAUGCGACACUUCAUUAACUAUGUGAGGGUGCGAGUUCCAGACACUGCUCCUGAGGUGAAAAGAGACUCAGCUGCUGGCACUAGUUCUGAUGGCAUGGGCUCUUCACAGAGUUUACGACGACCUAAAGUUCUUCAAAGAGAGAAUUCUGGUACAGCUCAAGUUUUCAGCUUAGUAGCAGAGCGUAGAAAGAAAUUUCAGGAGAUCAUCAAUCGCAGUAGCAGUGAAGCAAAUCAGGUGGUUCGCCCCAAAACUUCAAGUAAAUGGUCUGCUCCCGGCUCAGCUCCACAGUUAACUACAGCGAUUCUGGAAAUUAAAGAAAGCAUAUUGUCUUUGCUGAUUAAACUUCACCACAAACUCUCAGGAAAACAAAACUCCUAUUAUCCUCCCUGGCAUGAUGACAUAGAAAUUUUAAUCCAGCCAGAAAUUCCCAAAUACAGUCAUGGAGAUGGGAUAACUGCAGUAGAAAGAAUUUUGCUAAAAGCAGCAUUACAAAGCAGGAUGAACAAACGCAUCAUCGAGGAGAUCUGUAGAAAAGUAACCCCUCCAGUACCACCCAAAAAAGUCACAACAGCAGAGAAGAAAACAUUGGAUAAAGAAGAAAGGCGACAAAAGGCUAGGGAAAGGCAGCAGAAAUUGCUUGCAGAGUUUGCUUCACGACAAAAAAGCUUCAUGGAAACUGCAAUGGAUGUUGAUUCUCCCGAGAGUGAUAUGCCUAUGGAGAUCACCACAGCAGAGCCCCAAGUUUCUGAGGCAGUCUACGACUGUGUUAUUUGUGGGCAGAGUGGCCCUUCCUCUGAAGACCGCCCCGCAGGAUUGGUUGUACUGUUACAAGCAUCCUCAGUUUUGGGGCAGUGCCGCGACAACGUAGAGCCAAAAAAGUUACCAAUCACUGAAGAGGAGCAGAUUUACCCGUGGGAUACAUGUGCAGCCGUUCAUGACGUGAGGCUCUCAUUAUUACAGCGUUAUUUUAAAGAUAGCUCCUGCCUCUUGGCAGUGUCAAUUGGCUGGGAAGGAGGUGUUUAUGUACAAACCUGUGGCCACACAUUACAUAUAGAUUGUCAUAAAUCUUAUAUGGAAUCAUUACGGAAUGACCAAGUUCUUCAAGGCUUCUCGGUGGACAAAGGAGAAUUCACAUGUCCCCUCUGUAGGCAGUUUGCUAACAGUGUUCUGCCCUGCUAUCCUGGAAGCCAUGUGGAAAAUAACCUUUGGCAACGUCCCAGUAACAAAAGCAUACAAGAUCUUGUAAAGGAAGUGGAGGAACUCCAGGGACGGCCGGGAGCUUUUCCAGUAAGCAUCAGUUCAGAAACCAACUUAAGUAAGGAAAUGGAAUCUGUAAUGAAAGAUAUUAAAAAUACUACUCAGAAGAAAUACAGAGAUUAUAGCAAGACCCCUGGCUCACCAGACAACGAUUUUCUCUUUAUGUACUCUGUUGCUAGAACCAAUUUGGAACUGGAAUUGAUUCACCGAGGAGGUAAUUUGUGUUCAGGUGGAGCAAGCACAACUGGUAAAAGGUCUUGUUUAAAUCAGCUGUUCCAUGUAUUAGCCUUGCACAUGCGACUGUAUAGCAUUGAUUCUGAGUUCAAUCCCUGGAGGAAACUCACACAGUUAGUAGAAGAUAUGAAUUCACAACUGGGAAAUGAGGAACAACAACCUGAGGUUCCAAUUCUUUACCAUGACGUAACAUCCCUUCUGCUUAUCCAGAUUUUAAUGAUGCCACAGCCCUUACGCAAAGAACACUUCACUUGCAUUGUGAAGGUGCUUUUUACCCUACUCUACACACAGGCUCUUGCAGCACUUUCAGUUAAAUGCAGUGAGGAAGAUAGGUCAGCCUGGAAACACAUGGGAGCUGUCAAAAAGAAUACAUGUGAUGCAGAAAAGUCUUAUGAAGUGUUAUUGAGUUUUGUGAUAAGUGAACUUUCUAAAGGAAAGUUAUACCAUGAAGAAGGAGCUCAGGAAUGUGCAAUGGCUAGCCCUAUUGCUUGGUCUCCAGAAUCCAUGGAAAAAUACUUACAGGACUUCUGCUUACCUUUUCUCAGAAUCACCAGCCUUCUCCAGCAUCACCUCUUUGGAGAAGAUUUGCCUAGUUGCCAGGAAGAAGAAGAAUUUUCAGUUCUUGCCAGCUGCCUGGGACUUCUGCCAGCAUUUUACCAAACAGAACAUCCAUUCAUCAGUGCCUCAUGUCUGGAUUGGCCAGUUCCAGCAUUUGAUAUUAUAACUCAGUGGUGUUUUGAGAUAAAAUCAUUUACUGAAAGAUAUGCAGAACAGGGAAAGGCCUUGCUUAUCCAAGAAUCAAAAUGGAAAUUACCACACCUACUCCAGUUGCCUGAGAAUUAUAAUACCAUUUUUCAGUACUACCACAGAAAAACCUGUAGUGUCUGCACCAAGGUUCCUAAAGACCCUGCUGUUUGUCUUGUUUGUGGUACUUUUGUGUGCCUGAAAGGACUUUGCUGCAAGCAACAGAGUUACUGUGAAUGUGUUUUGCAUUCUCAGAACUGUGGUGCCGGAACUGGGAUCUUCCUUUUGAUCAAUGCAUCAGUGAUUAUCAUCAUUCGAGGCCACCGCUUCUGUCUUUGGGGGUCGGUGUAUUUGGAUGCACAUGGAGAGGAAGACCGGGAUCUUAGGCGAGGCAAACCUCUCUACAUUUGCAAGGAAAGAUACAAAGUUCUCGAGCAGCAGUGGAUUUCUCAUACUUUUGAUCACAUCAAUAAAAGAUGGGGUCCACAUUACAAUGGGCUGUGACUCACCACCUCAGCAUUGCAUUCUAGUGUCAUUUUCAUUAAGAAUUUAUUUUAUCAACAAUAAGCUUUAACUUAAUUUGGGAAUAAUAUUUGCUGAGGGGAAAAAGACACAUUAUGAAGCCUUUCCAAGAUUAGGUGCUUGGUAAUCACAUUAAUGAAAUCAUACUUUGAAAAAAGUAUCUGGAGAGUGUAACAAAUAAGUGAAAUCAUUCUUUAGUGGUUUUUUGUUUAAGUGCACAACUGAUAAGAAGCACAACUUGUUCACAAAAUCAUUCAGAAUUGAUUCUCCCUACAGUGCAUAUCAGCUAUUCAUUUAUACUUGGAGUGGGUGUGAUUUAUUUAAAAUUUUACUCCUGUUUUCUAUCUGUGUGUUUUAGUUUGCAUUUGCUAAACAUAAUGCAUCUUUUUUCCUCACCAUUUGUGUGUUGAUUUGAGAUUUUUUUGCUGUAUGUAAUUAGAAAAAAAUGUAAAACAUGAUUAUGUGAAAUACUGUAUAGUAAAAGUUGGUCUAAUAGUAGAACUUAAUUUUUUUUUUAUUGUGGGGAGUCUGUUAAAAGUUUAAGGAUUUGCUGAAAACUUAAUUCAUUCUCAGGAAUUUCAUAAGUAUUCUCCCAGGUAAAUAAUUGAAGUAGCUGUAAAAUAAGUAGAUAGCUGUUGUUAAUAUAUUACAGUGCAUUUUGGGGGACAUAUGUGUGGCUGGGGAGCCUUAAAAUAAAAACCUGCUGUUUCAUUUGGGUGGAUUGCUAGAGGUAGCAACACAGCUUUUCCUUCAAAAUCAAAGUUUAAGAAAUGUAUGUGGCAGGUUUUGAGUCUGCGCAUACCCACUUCUUAUCUACCAAGCAAGUUUUUGUUCAUCUGAGUGGAUUAGAAAUGUUUAGCAGUCCCCACAAAUAAAUCACAUGUUUCAAAGCUUUCCCAUCAGCCCAAGAGGUUCAGCUGAAUUGUGUUUGUACUGUAAAGUUAACUGCUAUUUCUGUUUGGUUUCCUUGAAGGGGGGACAUGGCUCAAUGGUGAUGACCUCAAGAAUCCACGGUGCAUCUUCUUAGAAACUGCUUGUGAAAGCAGUUUGUUUGUAGGGUCUUAAAAUUGCUAAGAAAGGGAAUGUUUGAACUAAAGCUUACCUAUAAGUAGAAAAGGAAAACCACCAAAAUGUGUGUUCUAUAUUGCUACCAGGAAAUUUUUUUCCAAAUGAUUAAUUUGAUGAUUUUUUCACAUGUAGUGCUGUCAAGCAGUUCUUGAUACAUUUAAUUUCCAUGACUUGUUAUAUUAAAAUUACAUUUUUAAUGUAAAAAUAAAUUAAGUAUAAUAGUACAAUAUAAAAACAUGAGAUUCAUAUUCUAAAAAAAAAUUUCAACAUUACAGAGAAUGAAAAUGGACAUUAAAUGAUGACUUGCACUAUAAUAGGGAAAACAGAAUAGUACAUACAGAUGUGUUCAGGAAGUCAAAAAACCACCUGUAGCUCCACAAUGAAAUACAUGGAAAUAGCUUGCUAUUUUUAUAUAUCUUUCCAAAGUAUUAAGAUAACUUUCUGUAAAUCCAGAAUGAUUCUGUUGGACAAAAUCAAUGUCUUUUCCAACACACUGCUACUUUUUAAAUCCUGUAUCAUAAGUUCAGCCUAUCAUAUUUUUUGCAUCAAUUAUUAUGAAUACCAGACCAUUUGUAAGUGUGGUUAAAGAGCAAAAUACUAAUUUACAUCUCUAGUAAAUAUUGUUACAGGAUUCACAAACUUGAAUAAUUCUACAGUUUGAAACUCUGAUGCUAAUACACAUGGUAUAAUGUAUUCAGACUUUUAUUAUUACAUAUUUAAAAUGGAAUGUUUUUGGUUGUGCAUAUGGAUGUGAAGUGAAAAUCUUAGCCUUAACUUUAAUCUUUGGGUAUUUGAUAGUGUUUAUUUCGAUAUUGGUGAAUUAGUCGCCAGUAAAUUUUACAGAAGCACUUGGUUGAAGAUUGUACUUGAAUACAUACAUGCAUGCUGCUAAACUAGAACUUUAAUUUUUUCCCCAUAACUUUUAUAAGUCCUAUUUAUAAACCCACUUUUAAAAUUAACAGGUCCAAGUUAGAGUGAUGUGUGUUUAUUAUUCAAAAAUAAGUACUGGUGUGAUAUUGUGUGUGAAUGAUUUAAAUACAGUACAUUACUGUAGAAGCUAAAUCAAUCUUUAUAAUUAAGCAGGUAUUACAAAACUUAGAAACAAUCAACAUUGUAAGAUAUGUUAAUAAAAACCUGUCACUUGGUUUGUGAAAGGUC